CUCCCCUAUUAGCCGGGUGAUUUGAAACGUUUUCAUGAAUAGACAUGAGAACGUAUGCUGUGUUCUACAAGGGAUACCUCAAACUCUUGAUAGCUAGUUUGUGGAGCAUGAUUUGCCUGAUAUUCAGAAGGCACUUAAAAACAGUAUGACUUCUCAUUUGCACACCCUGACCUAUUUACAGGCAUUAAAAUACCAAAGUGUGAAAUAUGAUAUUGUUCCUUUAUCUCCCUUAUCUAAGUACCGGUUGUGUACAUUAAGACGAAAAGUUAUGGUAUUAGAUUUGGAUGAGACACUGAUUCAUUCAGUACACGAUGGGAUAAUGCGGCCAACGGUCAGACCAGGAACACCUCCAGAUUUCGUUCUCAAAGUUUUUAUUGACCAUCAUCCCGUUCGCUUCUCCGUUCAUAAACGACCACAUGUUGAUUUUUUCCUCAAUGUGAUAAGCCAGUGGUACGAACUUGUAAUAUAUACAGCUAGUCUUGAAAUUUACGGAGCAGGAGUAACUGAGUUGCUCGACAAUGGACGCCAUAUUCUUCAGAGACGAUUUUACAGACAGCAUUGUACAUAUGAUAAUGGCAGCUAUUCAAAGAAUCUUUCCCUAAUUACCUCUGAUAUGGCUUCUGUAUUCAUAUUAGACAAUUCUCCAGGGGCCUACCGAUCAUAUCCUGAUAAUGCUAUUCCGAUUCGGUCGUGGUUUUCCGAUUCACGUGAUACAGCCCUUCUAUGUUUGCUACCAGUACUGGAUGCUCUUAGGUUUGUGAGCGAUGUACGUUCAGUACUAAGUCGUAAUUUACACAGGCCCCAAUCCAUACUACCUUAA